CUCACACACACCACACCAGCAUCAACACUGGGGAGAAAGAAAGAUUAGAUCUUUUUAGUCAAGUUUUAGGAGGGAGAAUCCAAACAAAGAAGAAAAGAAACGAAAGCCUUCCAAAAGAGUCCGAUUCAUUACUGGACGGGCCUUGAAGUGAAAAGAGGGGACCCCGAUAUUAUAAACUCUUUGCUUCUUUGUCUUUGGGCACAAUUCUUUGCUUUAGCCAUUGAAGAGAUUAUCGCAGAGGAGAAAACAGAGUUGGAAGAAGAAUGUUUGCAGCGGAGAAUGGACUCAAGGGUGACCCAAGACUACAAGCCAUAUCUGACGCCAUUAGAGUGGUUCCUCACUUCCCAAAACAAGGGAUUAUGUUCCAAGAUAUAACAACCUUGCUGCUGGAUCACAAAGCGUUCCAGCAUACCAUCGACAUCUUUGUCGAUCGCUACAGAGACAUGGAUAUCUCUGUAAUAGCUGGAGUCGAGGCUAGAGGAUUCAUGUUCGGUCCAUCAAUUGCCUUAGCUAUUGGUGCGAAGUUUGUUCCUCUGAGAAAACCCAAAAAAUUACCAGGUGAAGUAAUUGCUGAAGCUUAUGAGUUGGAGUAUGGAACCGACUGUUUGGAGAUGCAUGUCGGGGCUAUCCCCCCUGGAGAACGUGUUAUAGUUAUUGAUGACUUGGUCGCAACAGGGGGAACCCUGUCAGCUGCCAUAAGACUCUUAGAACGUGUUGGUGCUGAAGUUGUCGAGUGCGCUUGCGUUAUCGGGCUCCGUGAGGUCAAGGGGCAGCGCAGGCUUAAUGGAAAGCCACUCUAUAUCCUUGUGGAACCACGGGAAAUAGAUGGUUGUUGUUAAG